AUGGGAGGGCAGUUAUUUUUUCUUGACACAGAGCAGGCAAACAACAUUCGGAUGCAUCAUCGUGCAAACUCAGUAUUACAACCUUUAACUCUCGAAACAGUUCACAACUAUUUAGAAUCUAAUAAUCCUUAUGCUUUGGUUUGUCGCCAUUUGAAUGAAGUAAGAACCAUGACUGCAAGAAUGCAAGGUAAAGACUUAGAUGAUUUUGGUUUUGAGUUUUUUGACCGUGAAGACGGUGACAAUCGAAGAGAAAAUAUUCCAUCCUCCUAUGAUGUGGCUGCAAUAUUCGAGACAACUGAUGGUGUACCGUCAAGUAAUAGAAGUUUACGAGUUUAUCCUAAAACGUCAAACGGCUGUCAUCAUAUUUCAUAUUUGAGUCCACAUUUAGACCCUCUGGCUUAUCCAUUAUUGUGGUCUAAUGGAGAACAUGGAUAG